CCGGCGUCCAUUCAACUUGUAUCGGAAUGGGGAUGCCCAACGGAUUUACAACCCAACUACCCCCUUUAAUACCGCACUGCCUUUUCUGUCUGAUUUUCAUAACUCACCUAGAUCCUCUGUCAAUCCUGUUUGAUCCGGUGCGUUUCGAUUCAACUUAAUCCAUCAGUACUAGCUAGCUCCUCCCACUCCGUCACCCUUCCAAACUGAUCGUCGUCCUUCAGUUCCAUCCAGCUCUUCAUGCCGAGUUGUCCCACCCAAUUUGAUCUAUUCGCUGGAGUAGGUCUUCAGGUACAUGAGAUUAAAUACCGCCCAAUAAACGAGUAAAAAAUGUGAGUCGUCCUAGCUCGUGAUAUAUAUCGAGGUUCCUGCUUCAACUCCCAGAACUCCCGAGACACAGGAAACCUGAGAUUCAACGUCGACGAGAGCUAGCUAGCUAGCGUGAAUAAGGAAGUGGAAGGUAGUUAAAGGGAUCGAAAGAUGGAAAGGAUCAAGUCAUAUUUCAACUCUAUUGGCCCCAUCUGCAUCCAAGAAGCCAAGACGCAAUCCUUCCGAGGAGACUACCUCUGCUCCACCUCCUACUCCACCGCCUCCCCACCCUUCUCCCUCACCCACCCUCUCGGCUCCCCUCUGCCCUGCGAGGACGACGACGACUCCACCACUCUCCCCUCGUCGUCGUCUUUGAGCUCCGACCGCGAUCGCAAGCUCAACCACUCCGACGAGCGCUUCGCGCGCCCCGUCACUUCUGAAAGGUUCUUCUACUCGCCCUGCACCAGCAAAUCCAUCGUGGAGGAGUACUCCGACGAGCUCGACAGCGAGGUCGCCUGCUGCGAGAGGAUCGCCGUCUUGUCGGAGGACCCGUACCGUGACUUCCUGGCGUCGAUGGAGGAGGUGGUGGCGGCGCACGAGCUGAGGGAGUGGCGCGGCCUGCAGGAGCUUCUUCGUUGCUACUUGAGGCUCAACGAGAGGAAGAACCACAAGGCGAUUGUGCUGGCGUUUGUCGAUCUGUUGACGCGCUGCGCCUCAUUGGACAAGACAAGCUAAGGGGGGUCUUGUGUGGAAGACUACCUUCUUUCUAAUUGUAAGAUAUUGUAGCAGUAGUGAACAUUUUGCUGCUUUAUCUUUUCUAAUCGAACCGAUCGACUGAUUAAACUUCA